AUGUUUGAAGUCAAUAGUCAAACCGAUUUUGUUGCCCAAAACCCAGAAUUUUUAGCCGUCGUUGACCAGAUCGGCAUCACGCUCAUUAAGGACGCCCAUCCGAGCGUAGAAACCGCGCUGAAAAUCAAAAACUCGGACGGUCAGAGCAUUGAGGAAAUGAUCACCAGUCUCAGAGCAACUUUAGGCGAAAAAAUUGCUCUGCGUCGUCUAGUUGAGAUUCAGAAGGAAAGCGGUCAAAGUUACGGAGUCUACUUGCACACCAACCGGAAAAUCGGGGCGGUCGUGGUGACUAAGGGUGGCAAUGACCAAGUGGCCCGCAACGUUUCCAUGCACGUGGCGUCGAUGAACCCAGCUUAUCUAGACGUUAACAGCGUGCCGAGCGGCGACCUUGAGCAACUCCGCCAAGAAAUUAAAGAUUCGCCGGUCUUAAAAAGUAAACCCGAUCAGAUCAAAGACCAAAUUGCUCAAGGCAUGCUGAGUAAAAAGUUGGCUGAGCUUACCUUAGUGGACCAGGAAUUUGUGAUGGAAAAAAUGCCCGUUAAAACUUACUUAAAAAACCACAACGCUGAAGCUAAAGCGAUGUACAGGAUGGAAGUUGGUCAAGGCAUGAUUCACAAAUCUUGCGACUUUGUUUCCGAACUUGUCGCUAUGAACGCAGUUGACUUAAUCGAAAAAAAACGGACUGGCCAAAAACUGACCAGUUCUGAAAUUGGGCAUUUAGUUAAAGGUUAUGUAGACGGCGAUCUGCCCGAUUACCAAAUGGCCGCCUUUUUAAUGGCGGUCAUGUUCCAAGGUCUAGACGUCUUGGAAACAAGCGCCUUGACCAUGGCGAUGGCACGCUCGGGCGAUGUACUGGACUUGUCUUCGGUCAGUGGUCCGGUCGUUGACAAACAUUCGACCGGCGGAGUGGGCGACAAAGUUAGUUUAAUCAUCGGACCCGUCAUGGCCAGCCUCGGAGUUAGUUUUGCUAAGAUGUCAGGUCGCGGUCUUGGCUACACCGGCGGUACGGCUGACAAACUGAUGUCAAUUCCGGGUUACAAAAUCAAUUUGUCCAACUCCGAAUUUAUUCGGCAAGUUAAGGAGAUCAAAAUUGCUCUAAUUGGCCCCAGCGACAAUAUCGUGCCGGCCGACAAGAAAAUUUACGCACUCCGCGAUGUGACCGCUACGGUCGAAUCGAUUGCGCUCAUGACUGCUUCGGUGAUGUCCAAGAAAAUUGCCACUGGUGCCGACGCCAUUUUGCUGGACGUUAAGUGCGGCGAUGGCAGUUUUAUGAAAGACGUACCGGCGGCUAAAAAGUUAGCCGAACUAAUGAUCAAGAUUGGUCAGGAGCUCGGUAAAAACGUGCGAGCUGAAAUUUCUAACAUGAGCAAACCGCUUGGAAAAGCGAUCGGAAAUCGGAUCGAAGUUUUAGAGGCGAUCCAAUAUUUAAGCGGUCAAGCGAUCCCAGAUUUAGACGAAUUAAUUCGCUCAUCAAGUCAGACGCUUUUACGCCAAGCACGUCCCUCACUCAGCGCCGAACAAGCUCGUCAGCAAGUUGACCAGGUGAUUACAAGCGGACGGGCGCUCAACAAGUUCAAAGAGUGAAUGGCGCGUCAAGGCGCGGAUCUUGAGCUACUUAACUCGGACAACUUUUGACGACCUAAGUACAGUCAGCCGGUUUUAGCGACGAGCGCGGGCGUGCUCAACAUUGUUAGUGCCGUUAAGUUCGGCACCGCGGCCAUGAAAUUAGGAGCCGGCCGGGAAA